UUAGUGAAUCUUAAAAAAAAAAAAAAAUUGUUAAGUAAUUUCGACUUAAUAUUAUUCUAAGUAACAUUGUUAUAAUUCUCCGUCUCUUUUAGGUUGGCUGGUUGGUUUGUUCUCUAGGAAUUGUGGUUGUAAUUUACAGUUAAUUUUCUAACUUUAACAAAUGGGUUUAUUCAAAUUUGAUUGGUCGGUAUGUUUGUGGUCUAAAAAGGUGGGAUUUUUCUACUUAAUUUGAGUAGUGUAGGAUGGAUUCCCUUGUAUUCUUCAUAUGCCAUGAAGGUGUUUGACAAAUUGUCAAUGUGGAUACUUUUAAUCUGUUGCAAGAGGAGGAAAUGUUCCUUUCCAGGAGAAAAAAAUAUUAAAUGCUCUUCGAGGGAGACAACAUCUUGUGGUGAUUCUAUAUCUAGACGACUGCUCUCCUGUUUUGCUGCUUCAAUAAUGCUCGUCUCUCCACCAAACCUGAUUAAAGACUUAUUACGGUUAAAAGAUCAGGCUUUCGCUGCGGAACCCUCUGGCCACCGGAGCUUAUGCCAGAUUGCAGCUGCCGCAGACAAUGGUUCUACUCUAAAAGUGGAUACCAUGUUGGAAGAUGGAAGUAGGAUGCUUAUGAUGAGGGGUAUGACAGCUAAGAAUUUCGAUCCCAUCAGAUAUUCAGGAAGAUGGUUUGAAGUAGCUUCACUGAAACGCGGAUUUGCCGGCCAAGGGCAAGAAGACUGCCAUUGUACGCAGGGAGUCUAUACAUUUGAUGCGAAGAUCCCAGCUAUCCAGGUGGAUACAUUUUGUGUCCAUGGUGGCCCUAACGGAUAUAUUACUGGUAUAAGGGGAAGGGUUCAGUGCCUUUCUGAGGAGGAUAUGGAGAAAACUGUAACUGCUAUGGAGCGGCUGGAAACGAUUGAGGGAAAAUGUUACCUUCGUUUCCCAACACUACCGUUUAUACCUAAGGAACCCUAUGAUGUGAUUGCGACUGAUUAUGACAACUUCGCGCUUGUUUCUGGGGCUAAAGAUAAGAGCUUCAUUCAGAUUUAUUCAAGAACUCCCAAUCCAGGUCCAGAAUUUAUCGAGAAGUACAAAUCGUAUUUGGCAAUGUUAGGAUAUGACCCUAGUGAAAUCAAAGACACUCCGCAAGAUUGUGAGGUCAUGUCCUCUAGCCAGCUAGCUCUGAUGAUGUCGAUGCCCGGGAUGAACGCAGCUCUCACAAACCAGUUUCCCGAUUUGGAAUUAAAGGCACCGAUCGCACUUAAUCCGUUUACGAGCAUCUUCGACACAUUGAAAAAGCUUCUCGAGCUAUACUUUAAAUAGCUCACUAUGUGUACUAAUGUUGUGUAAAUUGUGUUGCUGCGCAAUCGCCUUUUCAGUGACGAAAGUUGCUCAAUGUAUGUAGAUAGUUACUCAAUGUAUGUAUUUGAUUUCAUUGUAGUUAUUCGUUUUCAUUCAAAAAUCUACCAUGAGAAUUUGAGAA